AUGUUGAGCCGCGUGUGUGUCGCUGUGCUACUACUGGCCGGGUCGUUAGCACAGGUCUAUGACGGCCGAAGAGGUAACGACGAAUACGUCGGACGCGGCGACGUCGUUGGAGAGUACGGUGGCGGCGGUGGUGGCGGCGGCGGCGGCGGCGGAAACGACGUCAGUUACGGCAUCGGCUACGGAGGCGGCUCUGGGGGACCACUAGGAGGGGGUGGCGGCGGAGGAGGCGGCGGCGGUAGCAGCACGGGCGAUGGAAUAGGUAGAGGCGCAGGUGUGGGAGCGGGCUUCGGCAGCGACUUUGGGAACGGAAUCAGCGGCGGCGGUGGCGGGGGAGGAGGUGUCGGGGGCGGAGGGGGACGGGAUUCCCUUGGACGCUAUAGCUUCGGCGCCGGCGCUGGAGGAGGGUUUGGAUUCCACAGUGACGUCGCUGGUGGUUUCAGGGAGGAAUUCGGCUUCAGUGCCGGCUUUGGUAGAGGCUACAGAGCUCCUUCGAGGCGUCAUCGGUAUUGA